AUGACUGAGGUCCAAACAAAAAAUGUUGAAACACUUGCCUAUGUUGUACAUGCCGCAAACGAACCCUUCAAGCUCGAGACCGUGGUCCUGGACGAGCUGAGAGACAACGAAGUCCUCGUCGACAUUGAAUACUCUGGAAUCUGCCACACAGAUCUCGUCUUUCAAUCAGGCGCCUUGCCAGUCUGUCCAUUCCCCGCCAUCUUCGGCCAUGAAGGGGCAGGUACAGUGCGUGCCAUUGGCAGCAAAGUCAAGGACAAGGACCUCAAAGUAGGCGACUACGUGCUGCUUUCAAUCAACUAUUGCGGCGAGUGCAAGUUCUGCAAGAGCGAUCAUCCGGCCGAUUGUACUGAGGCAUCGAGAUUGCAUCUCUUUGGUGUGCGAGACGAUGGUACCACUGCUGCCAAAUUCAAGCAUAAAGAUGAAUCAGUUCGCUUCCACUUCUUCGGCCAGUCAAGUUUUGCAAAACAUAGUUUUGUGGAUGAGACCUCAAUCGUCAAACUCCCAGAUGGCAUCCCCGAGGAAGACAUACCCUUUCUAGCAGCCAUGGGCUGCGGCUACCAAACUGGUGCGGGAACAGUAAUGAACAUCCUAAAACCCAACCCUGAGUCCUCAAUCGUUAUCUUCGGGCUCGGAACGGUGGGUCUCACAGCUCUAAUGGCCGCCAGAUACAUGAAAGUCCAGCRAAUCAUCGCCGUCGACAUCUUCGACCACAAACUUCCCCUGGCCCGCGAACUGGGCGCAACAGACGUCAUCAACUCCAAAAACGUCGACGACUUGAUCGCACAUAUCAAAUCCACCUCCCCUGGUGGUAAAGGCGUGGAUUAUGCAGUCGACUGUACCGGAAACCUCAAAGUCAUUGAAAGUAUGGUUCACAUGUUGGGCAUGAGAGGCACGGCCGCUGUAGUGGGUAUUCCGCCCAGCGGAGCGAAGAUCAAUAUUGAUCCGCAGGCGUUUUUGUUGGGGAGUCGAGGACUCAAGGGGUGCAGAGAAGGCGAUUCGAAUCCGCCGGUGUAUAUCCCAAUGUUGUGUAAGAUGCAGAAGGCAGGAGACUUUCCGGUGGAGAAGCUGUGCAAGGUUUAUGAUUACAGGGAUUUGGAGACUGCGUUGAGUGAUUUGAAGGAGGGCAGGGUAACGAAGCCGGUUAUCAAGUGGACUUGA